UCUCCCUCUUUCUUCUUGUAUUUAUUUUUUUGUUCUCUCUCUUUCUCUCUCUCUUUUUUUUCUUUUUUUUUCCGAAAUCCUCUAUGUAAGAGGAGCCACAUACAAUUUUGUACAGCUCUUUCUGGUAAUUGAAAUCUCUCUUUCUUCUUUUAGUGGAAAGUAGUGGACUAGUUCUCGAUUUCUGAUUUUUUUUUUUUUUUUCAAGUUUUGAGAAAACCCAGAUGAAAUUUUGCUUCAAUAUAUUUUUAUGUAGAUUUGGUGUUGAAAAAUCUUGAUUCUAAAAGUAAUAUUUUUUGGGAAAAAAUGAAUUCUUGGCGAACAGGAAUUCAUAAGUUUGAGUUUUUUUUUUCUUUGAGCUAAUUUAUACCCUUCAAAGCACCGAAGUUUCAUAUGAAAAUUAAAAAUUUAUGUAAAGAUCGUUUCAAAUAUUAGAUCAAUUCAUAGAGGCGGCUGAAAAUUGCCAAUUAUUUUCUAGAAAAGAUUCACUUACUCUACAUACAAAUUAGUAUAGUCACGAGAUUUUGUUUGAUCAGUUUCACCUUAAGCACAAGCAGAAUGAUUCUGAAAUGAAAAAAAAAAAAAAAAAAAAAAAAAAAAGAACGGAAAAGUUACAAUUUUUACAACGGAUCUGUAUAGGUUUCUUCUCAAAUAAUUUAAUAUUAUAUUGAUUAUUAAACCUUUCAUUUUUGUCUGUUAAAACAAGUCAAAAAUCUCUGCCGGCUAAGUUCCUGGUUUUUAUCUUCUGCCUCGUUUGCCGGAUUUUAGCUUAAAACAAAAGUAAAAAGAACAAAUAUUUUCUCAGUAUUGUUUGUUUAAUUUAUACGAUAUCUCUGUUGUUCUCAUAUCCAAUUUCUUUUCUGAAUAAAAAUUCCAUAUUUUGAUAAAUAUGCAGGUGUGUUAUUUAUAUAUACAAAAGAUCUUGAAGUAAGAAAAAAAAUUCAAAAAAAUAAAAAUAAAAAAGAAAAAUAAAAAAAUGAAUCACUGUACAAUUCAGAAGAAGACUUUUGCUGCCUGUGACGAGAUGAAGGGCAAGAAAGAGGCGGUGGUUUGCCCCAAGCCCCGCCGUGUCAGCGUAAUCCAUUCAGCUGCUGCUUUUAAUGAUCCUCCUUUUACCAGACCCCUGAGAUGGCAUUCCAUUCAUCAACUGGAGGCUUGUGAUGCAAAGGCUGGAAAUGAACUGCUGGACAUCAUCCUUGCAAAGGGUGGUUUUACCGCAGAUCAAUCAGUUGCCCAGGUAGCCUCGUCGCCCCCCUUUUUUUCUGGGUCACCGCCGAGUAGAGUAUCUAACCCACUAAUUCAAGAUGUUCGAUUUGGGGAUGAGAAGGUCACUCCAGUUUCCCCAAGAGCAAUCCCAACCCCAUCUGGGCUGGCACCAUCCCCGUCCUCCACCCAUAAAGGGGGUUAUGUUCGGGCUAAUUUUGGUAACAGUCCAGCUGUGAGGAUAGAGGGUUUUGACUGCCUUGACAGGGAUAGUCGCAAUUGCAGCAUCGCUACCCUGGCUUAGAGCAAUCCCUGGGAAACUAGUACUUACAAAGAACUACUGAAGUUGAGAAAAUCUGAAGCAUUCAAUUGAUUUAGCAGAUAAGGAGUUAUGAACGCUUUUGAUCAAGUGAGCUGGUAAUAGGGAUCGUUGAUUAUUUUGUCUAGUGUAAAUAUAUUUCGAAGUGUCUGUAAUUGAAGCAAUGUGUCUAUUUAAGCAUACGAGCUAUGGAAGUUAUUGACCAAAAUAAUUUAGGGAGUGUGAAGCUAAGCCCUCUUUGUAAUGGUGUAAGUAAGAGAUGAAAAGAGGGGGGAAACUUCUGGUAUUUUACGUUGUUUUGAGGUCAGUUUUGAAAUUUCAUCAGACGGUUUUCUGAGGUGAACAUGUAAAAAGUUUUGCAUAGUUGGGUAAAUCACAUUGUAAUUAUGAAAUAUUAGUACAAUUUCUAUUUUACAGUA